AUGUUUCGAAGUGGCUACAGAGAUCAUGAAUAUCUAAAAGAUCGUGCAAUACUUGCGCCAACUUUGGAUGUUGUAGAUACAGUCAACGAAUACAUGAAUGACUAUAACAACGCUGAAGGAAGGACGUAUCUCAGUUGUGAUUCGUUAUGCAAAUCUGAUUCUAAUGUUGACAUGCUUGCUGAUCUGCACACCCCGGAAUUUUUAAAUGGCUUACGAUGUUCUGGAGUUCCAAAUCACUCAUUGACUCUAAAAGUUGGCUCCCCAGUUAUGCUCUUAAGAAAUAUUGAUCACUCAUUGGGAUUGUGCAAUGGUACAAGGAUGAUUAUUUCAAAGUUGGCGGAUCAUGUUUUAGAAGCUCAAAUACUGUCUGGAUCAAGUGCUGGUACAAAGGUCUUAAUUCCAAGGAUGUCAUUAACACCUUCUGAUCCAAGAUUGCCGUUUAAAUUCCAAAGAAAGCAAUUUCCGCUAAUGUUGUCAUAUGCAAUGACAAUAAAUAAAAGUCAUGGCCAAACACUGUCCAACGUGGGUUUGUUUUUGAAGAGGCCGGUUUUUAAUCAUGGUCAAAUGUAUGUAGCAUUGUCAAGAGUUAGUAAUCCUAAGGGAUUAAAAAUUCUUAUUUAUGACGAAAAUGUACAAUCGAAAAAUACGACUACAAACAUCGUAUAUAAAGAAGUAUUCAAUAAUGUUUAA